UGGAGGCCAUCGUGCGCAUUGCAGAGGCCCUCAGCAAGAUGAAGCUGCAGCCCUUCGCCACGGAGAUGGAUGUGGAGGAAGCCCUGAGACUCUUCCAAGUAUCCACAUUGGACGCUGCUUUGUCGGGCACCCUGUCUGGGGUGGAAGGCUUUACCAGCCAGGAGGACCAGGAGAUGUUGAGUCGCAUCGAGAAGCAGCUCAAGCGCCGCUUUGCCAUUGGCUCCCAGGUGUCUGAACACAGCAUCAUCCAGGACUUCACCAAGCAGAAGUACCCGGAGCACGCCAUCCACAAGGUGCUGCAGCUUAUGCUGCGCCGUGGUGAGGUCCAGCACCGCAUGCAGCGCAGGGUUCUCUACCGCCUCAAGUGAGGGUUCCAGCGCUGCCCUGCUUCUGCCCUCCGGCCCUCUGGCUCUGUCACCUUCCCGCCCAUGUGUGCUGCUGCAGCCUCCAGACCACUGCCAUGGUACCAGGCUGGGACAUGCCUUGGAGUCUCAAUGAAGAAUGCUACGUGGGGAGCCUGGGGGCCUCUACUUCUGGGGCCUUCUCCACCUUUUUAUGGCAGGGUGGGUGUGGGUCAGGUGCUGGAGCCUGGCUGAGCUGGGCCCGGCAGCCUCACAUUGGUCAUCAGGUGGACUGCAGGUUCUUGUCCUGGCUGGGUGGGGUGAGCCUGGCACUUGGCUGCAAGUGUGAGGGCCACCCCCCCUCCCAGCAUGUAUCCAGGCAGAGCCGUGGCAACAGGCUCUGCUUGGUGUCCGGAUCUGUGGCACUGGCAGUCUCUGCCUCAAGGGUCCUUGACAGCCUAAUGUGGGGUCUUGACAGGACACAGCGGUGGAUACAUUUGUCAUCUGGGAAUGCAGGCCUUAAGGCAAAGGGCCAGGUCUUCUGCUUCCUCACUGUGGGCUUCCAGGGCACCCUAGGCUGUGGUCUUGGGGCAGAAGCCUUGGGGACCGACGGGGUCUCUGAGCCCAGGGGGACCAGAGUUGGAGGAAAAAGCACCAGCAUUUUGCUUCAGCUGUUGCAUUUUGUGUUAUGGAAAUGCAUAGUGUGUAGACUGUUUAUAUUGUGUCUUUAGAAAUCUAAAAUUCAUGAG